AUGAAUUCAUAUCAUAUUAACAUUAUAGUAAAGAGAACAAAGGCCAGAAGUAAGUAUAGAAAACAGACAAGAAACUUGGCGUUUCCACAAUUUUCGAGCUUACUCUUUUUAAAUCAUUGUUCCAUUAAACUACCUCUUCACCGAGAGCCGCCUCUUGAAACCGUACGACACCCUGAAGAGAAGAAAAAGCUUUGUAAACUUCUUGUGUUUUACGGCUCAAAAAAGAAAUCUGCAAAGGUAUCGCGACGGAUCCCUAAAACUCAAUUUCAAUACCUUCCUCGUCGCACCAUUCUAAAAAUGGAAGAAAAAUUGUUUGUUGAAACCAUCAAAGCCCGUGCACUGACUGUCAUGAUCUUUUGCCUUAUAUCAGGACAGGUCUUGACGAAUCUUUUUUAA